UUGGUCACUAAGAAACCUGGUAAAGACGUUGUUAAUUGCGAGUGAUGGCCUUACGAAUUCUCCUUACAAAUAUAGGACGUUUUCAAAGACACAAGUGAUGAGAAGAUCGGAGUCUUCAACCAGCAUAAAGAAAAUGAUACUGAAAUGUACUGAUGCUAUAGCGAAUUUUUUGGGAAUCUUAUUGACACUUCAAGUGGCAUCAGAAGCAUAUAACCUCGGUUAUAAGCUUCUGUUGGCAUACACAGGGGGUUUGCGUGGUCGUGCUUGUCAACACAGCUAGAUUGAAAAACAGAUUAUGUACAAAGCAUACAUUAUAAUUCCUACGAAUAAUUACUUUUUAAGUUCUUGUGAAGAUAAUAACAAGCGAUUUUUUUAGCACUUCCUAAUAUUUUUCUUAUAAUUGUUUAGGUGAUAAUGGAAAUGUGCACUCUGUGAUUGGUCGCGAUGUACAUCAUAUCGCACAAGAAUCACCUCGCGCGUGUUGAUAAUAAUACUGAAGCACUCAGUUUCAAAAUAGUCUUUGCACGAGUUUAUGAUGUUCUUAACGAAGAAACGAGUUUAAUGAAAUAAAAUGCAGUUUCUCUGAUAAUUACCGUAGCAAUUAUACUCAAACAAUGAUCCCCCGCGGGUUUAGCGAAUAUUGUCGAAUAAUCCCUGUGACUUUGUCACGAGGAUUAACGACAAUAUUCACUUCGCCUUCCGUGAAAAAUUGUUUUAUAUGUUUGUCGUAUGUCUUCAGUGAUAAUGUAUUCUGUUUAAGGAAGAAGGGUAACUAAAUUUGUCCAUCAAUUAUGCGAUGGUAAAGGUCAAACGUUACUGGCAGAUUUUGAUUUUAAAGGAGUCUCUUUUAAGGCAAAGGAGGAAUGCGUGUAGAGUCUGCAGGAAAGAAUUCGUAGAUUCCUUUAUGUUUGUUUGUUUCUAUGUGUGUUUUGUAUUCUUUCUUUUUCUUCUAAGAGAAGGCGAAGGAGCUUCUUUUGUUACAUACACACGCAAAUUUUCGUGUAGAAUCUGUGUCAGACAGGAUUCUCGCAUAUGCAUUGUACAUUGCUUGGCAACUGUACUUGAAGAACAUUUAACCACCUACUGCCGUUGGUUCUUUUCAAUUCAGUGAAGAGCAUUCAGUUUAAAUAUUUUUAGAGUGCGAGAUUUUCAGUGGUGUUGACAAGCGCCAUUUUACCGGUCUAAGGUAUACCUCUGUCCACAAGGCUCUCCAGGAUUUCCUACCAAUGUCUGUGAAAGAAUUCAGUUCGAUGAUUUAAAGGAAUAUUUAUUUUGUGGUUAAAGACACCUUCCCCUAUUGAAUGCCACUUGUGAAGAGGUUAUUAAAACCCUUAGCAACCAGAACCAUUAGUUCAAUUCAUUUUCUGUUUAUCACUCAAGUAAUUCCAGCUGGCUCAUCCAUGAGCUAGGAUUCAGGGUUAUUAACCUCUUCAACAGAAAUAAUCCACAGUUUUGUCUACGACACAAUCCUUGCACUGAGUGUAUAAAAUCACAGGUGCACAUGUGGCCAUUAAGAGGACAUUAAAACCCAGGUGGCGAGAGCACUUAGUUCAGUUAUCUUAGAAUACAAACGUGUGUCUUAGGACAUUUCUCCCUUGUCAUGGAAUGCAUUUAAAUUUCACAUCUUCCGUUUUUUUCUUCUUUCAAAUUAUAUAUCUCACUGAAAAUGCCGCCUAUGACGUAACUUUAACACAAGCUAGCACAAACCGCGGUUUCUUUCAAACUUUGACGCCAUUAAAUAUCAAAAUAAUGGCCUGUCGAUUGUGGUCGAAGCUUCAUGUUUUCCCCUUGUUCCGUUUGACCUUUUUGUGAAACCGCAUCGAAUCUCGGUCAGAUAAGUAAACAUUUCAUAACUGUGGUAUUGUAGCGAUGUUUUAAAUUCUUUGCGUGAGUCAACUUAAUUGAAAGUACACAAUGCCCUUAACACAUCCAGCCGAGGGGAUUGGAACAAAAACCUCAGCGCCGAGAAUAAUAUUCAUUUGAGAUUAUUUUAGCUCGCCGGAAGCGAUACAAUGCGGCGUUAUAUUCGGCGACGGGUAAAGUGAACUUAAAAUUAACAUUUGCAUAGUCAGCUGAAUCGAAGAUGUACUAUCGACAGGUUUUGCCACAGCAUCUUAUAUUGUUGUUCUUCUUCUGUCCUCGAUCAAGUAAAUCGUUGCCGACUCUGGAUGACAAUCGUAUCACUUUACAAUGCUUAGAGAAUUACAUGCUUCUUAAAAUGGACUUGCAAGAUUUACCAAUAAUUGAACCAACUUCACUUCACUUAAGGCACUUUUCUUGCAGACCACAAGUGAUUAACACCAGUGCUUUAUUUCGGGUACCCUUCCGAGGCUGCGGGACAACCCUCGGAAUAGAACUCGAUCACAUUGUGUAUCAAAAUGUUGUGGACAAUUCGCAGAAGAUGAACGGAUCACGCAUGGCGGUUAGGCACGCCCCUGAACUGUAUUACCCGUUUGUAUGUCGCUAUCGACAGAAAUACAUUGUUACUUUGAAAGAAGGAAGAGGGACGGAUCAAAACAGUAAAACUGGCCGUGAAAAUAGAAAUCAGACAACAGAAGAUAUUCCUAAGGUUGUGUCAAAUUCGUCAAGUAACACUUCUCCUUGGAUGCAUAACGUUACUUGGCUCACUAUUAUUUUUGAACUUAUGUGGACCUUGCUUCGAAUUGUGCACUAAUCUCUGAUGGACCUGCGGUACCCUUCCACUCUGAAAAUGAUUGUAUUCUCAACCGAGGAACAUUGCAUUAUUGUUUUUCGCUUUUGAUAAGCAAGUGCCUGAGGAUCAUCAAAUUAAGCCAUGGUGGGAUUGUUUGCCGCGCUACGUAUACGUAGUACAUCAUCUUCUUUAAUGGCCUCGGUUGUAAAAAAAGUUAUGGAUCUUAAAAUCAAGAGUCUUAUCAAGAUUGGUGUGUCUCUUUUUCGGAGAUCACUUUAUUAGAACAAAAUGCGUCUAUUGCAUCAGAUUAAACAUUCGUGAGAUAUAUUAUGCUGGGUGUGGCAAUGAAAUGGAAGUAGAAAUCUGGUCGGUAGUUGUAGGAACCCUGCUUUAUCUGAUCUCUCUGAACGAUGACAGUUUUCAAGCAGUCGUUUUGCAGCACAAAGAUGUGCCUCAAAGAACGGCUGUACUUACAGGUGAACAAUUAACCACAGUGUUUUCUGCAAAUGUAGCGCUUUUCGUCCGGUAUCAGCUGAAUGUUGGCUUCCCCAGCCAUUGCAAUUAUUUUUUGAUCUAAAUAAUAACCAGGGCAUGUUUGUUAUUAAAUAUCCUGGUUACCUAAGUUUACAAUUGGAAUUAAAACUUGUGAAUAUUUUGGGUUGAUUUAUGACCAUGUGGAUCAUUCAUGCAGGCAAGAUGGUCGCAUUGCUCUCUUUGAAUUGAAAAUAAAGGCUUUUUCACA